GUGGCUGGGGCUGGCCGCGCCGAGGCGCUCCCCGCAGGCAGAACAUGGCUGCAGAGGAGUCUCGCUGCCUGCUGGGCCACGCCGCUUCGGACUCUUGCCCCAGGGUGCAGAACAAGAAGCUGUACCUGGCCACGUUCGCUGCUGUCCUGGGACCCCUGAGCUUUGGCUUCGUGCUAGGCUAUAGCUCACCUGUUAUUCCAGAGCUGAGGAAGAUCAGCGAUCCUAAAUUAAGAAUGGACAGCAGUCAAGCCUCGUGGUUUGGGUCAGUAGUAACAUUAGGAGCUGCUGCCGGAGGAAUACUAGGAGGCUAUCUUGUGGAUAAAGUUGGGAGAAAGCUGAGUCUAAUGCUGUGCUCAAUACCAUACGUUUUUGGAUAUAUAGUUAUUAUAUCUGCUCAGAAUGUUUGGAUGCUUUAUUUUGGACGAACGCUGACAGGCUUAGCCAGUGGAAUUACUUCGCUUGUCGUUCCAGUGUAUAUAUCUGAAGUAUCACAUCCUAAAGUCCGUGGUAUGCUUGGCUCUUGUGUUCAGUUGAUGGUGGUGACUGGCAUACUGGGAGCCUACAUUGCAGGAGUAACACUGAAAUGGCGCUGGCUAGCAGUGUUGUGUUCUUUUCCAUCCUGCAUAAUGCUGUUGUUCAUGUCCUUCAUGCCUGAAACACCAAGAUUUCUGCUGAAUCGGAGCAAACGCUCAGAAGCCAUAGCCUCUUUGCGCUUUCUGCGGGGACCACAUGUGGACCAUGAAUGGGAAUGUAGGCAGAUUGAAGCUGGUGUUCAGGAAGAGGGACUGAAUCCCUCUGAAUUUAAGAACCCCUCAAUCUACAGGCCACUUCUUAUUGGUGUGGCUCUCAUGUUCUUCCAGCAAGUAACAGGCAUUAAUGCAGUUAUGUUUUAUGCAGAAACUAUCUUUGAAGAUGCAAACGUCAAGGACAGCAGAAUGGCUUCUGUUGUUGUGGGUUCCAUACAAGUAUGUUUCACUGCUGUGGCUGCACUUACCAUAGAUAAAACUGGACGAAAAGUGCUGCUUUACAUAUCUGGGAUAAUCAUGGCGCUCAGUACUGCAUUGUUUGGGCUUUACUUUAAAAUGGUCCUUUCAAAUCGAAACAACUCAUCAAAUCCUGAUACAUGGUUCACUCUAAAUUCAGCAUCCCCAGGAACAGAAAGCGGCAUAUCCUGGCUUGCAGUAGUGAGCCUAGGGCUCUUCGUUGCUGGUUUUGCCCUUGGCUGGGGUCCCGUUCCAUGGCUGCUGAUAUCCGAAAUCUUCCCACUUAAAGCUAGAGGCAUAUUGAGUGGUGCUUGUGUGUUAACAAACUGGGUUAUGGCCUUCUUGGUAACCAAAGAAUUUCAUGAUUUUAUAGGUUUCUUAACAUCCUCUGGCACGUUCUGGCUCUUCUCAGCAUUCUGCUGCCUCAAUAUAACUUUUACAGCCUUUUAUGUUCCUGAAACAAAAGGACGGACCCUGGAACAAAUUGAGGCCUACUUCAGAAGAUCUUAAUCCUAAGGCUUUUUAUGUUGAUAUGAAACCUUCAUAUCAUGAAUUAUGGUGCUAUGGUUGAAAUUAACUGGCACAUAUCUCAGUUACUAAACUUGCCAUCAAAUAAUUUUAAUGAAUUUUGUAAAACCUGAAUUCUGUUUUUUAAAAACUAUCUAUGGGGAUCUGCAUAGACUUCUGCAUACUCCCUGUAGUAAAUCUCCCUUGUGCAGGGAGAUUUUUCUUCAAUACCUGUGUCCUUUUCACCUAGUACAGACUGACUAUAAUGGCCAAGUAAGAACAUUAAAUGUAUUGGCCAGUAUCUUUUUUCCAAGAUGUAAAUUAAGAUCUAAUUUUGUAAAUAAAUAAAUUUCCAUGGUCCAAUUUUACCUUUCUCUUAUGGUACAUGUUACAGUGAAGAAAUUAAUGAUGUAGCCUGGCUAAUGUUAAUUUCAGAGAGCAAUACUUUACCUUUGUGUUGCUGUUAACUAUUUUGGGGAUGCCUGAGCACAGAACAAGUGUUGGUCCCAACUGGAGAUGAAUGCUUGGCUUUCAUGGGUGUUAAGUGUUAAAAGUUGCCAUUAUUUUUUUCUAUUGCUGUCAAGGGGGCUAGGAAUGCAUUUAAAUCACAAGAAGGGUUGUAGCUCUUAAGAGAAUGUAUUUUAGAAUUCAGGAAAGAGCAUUGUUUUUCAAAAGGAAUUACAAGGUCUUGGAGACAGCAAGAAUAUACUCUUAGUCAGAAAAGGAGAAAAACUAUCUUUUGUAGUGUUAAUUUAAGGGGUAGAGAUCAGCAACUGGAGCAGGUCUCUGAAAGUCUAAAUGAUACCUGGAAACAAACCAAUGCUGGAUAUAGUUCUUGUCAAAGAUGGGUAAUGCGUAAGACACAAACACCAACGUCACAGGUAUGAUACAGCACUUAAAUGAAUGACAUCUCUGAAACAAAAUUUCUAGAGAACUCAAAUGGAAACAGUAAUCCAGAGCUGUCUGCAAUAGUGUACUACCUCCUGUAUUUUAGUUUCUUGUCUGAUGAACCAAAUUUGGAAAAGGCAGUAGUUCUGCAUGUGUGAAAGAAGUGAGGUCAAAUUUAUGGUAUAUUACAUAUGAAGGAAUAAAUCAUCUGUUACUCCUUCACAAAGGUGAUAAAUGGCACUUAAAACAGUUCCAGCUGUGAUAGGACUGUUUCUAUUUGGAUGUCACAUCUAAAACACAAACCAUAUACACUAUCACAUGACAUUAAAAACAAUGGUAAUACAUUGGCAUUUAAGACAAGUGGUAGAUAAAGAGUUUUUGAUCACAAACAUAGCAACAGUCUUAACAAUAUGCAAUUAUUAAAUUACAAAGCAGCUGACAUUCCAGGUUGAUAACACUUUUUGCAUAAACCUUUAGAGACAUCACAUUUUCCAUUCAACCAGCUAAAUACCUAAUAAAUAGAGCUAUAAAUAAAUAUGCAGAAAAUAAUCUCUUAAAUUUUCUCUUUAAAUCAUGUGCUAAUAUCAUGAUUUCCAGUAGCAAACAGGAGUCAGUCAGUUGCAGGUCAGCAACAAAGUGAAGCAGCUAGGCAGUAUACAGGGUGGUGAAGUUGCUGUGCUCAACUAGUAAGAGUAAAAAUACUUUCUAACCUGCAUGCAAGUACAGAUGUUUGCUGCAUACUGUUAUAUAAGCUUUCCUGUAUUGUUAAUAAGAAGUUUUCAGGGUAUAAUUUAUUCCUCUGCAAAAUCAGGCUAAGCCUACCUGAGAAAAUACUGCUUUAACAGAAUUAGCAAGCACUGUGCAUAUGAACCAUGACAUCAAAUUGUUAAUAAUGACAAUACUGGGGUGCUCAUUUUCAUACAGAGAAGGCAACAAAAAAUGAUUCUUAAUUCCUGCCCCCACCCUGCCCAAGAUCACAUUACUUCGGAUUCCUAUAUAUGCUUAGGACUUUUAAUCCUUUGAAACUUGUGGUAGAAAUAUAUGUAUAUACAUAUAUAAUCUUUUGGGUUUGGAUGUGGUUUUUAAUCUCAAAUGCAGACUAAGCAAACAGCUCUGGAGAAGCUGCUGCAUCUGCAAGCACAAGUUAUAGACCCACACCUUUAGGAAAACAUGCAUGAGCUUGAAUCCGUGGCUUGGUCAAAUAUACCUACAACAGCAGAAAGUAAAUGUCAGGAGCAGCAACCUUAACCAUAUGUAACUGGUUAUGUAAUAGUGUUAUACUUCAUGUGGGUGCUACCUGUCCCCUGCCCUGUUUAAAUACUUAGUUGACUGGCCUAGUACUAAAAAAAAUAAAUAUAUAUAUAUACAUAUACAUACAUAUUUUAAUUUGAAUGUACCCAUCAAUUACAAAUGCUUGGACAUGUAUAGAAAUAGUCACAUGAAGGCAGACGGCAAACCUGCUAUUCAUUCUGGGUGCCACUUGCCUCCUGAAUGUCAUGCAUCACAAAAAAUACGCCAAACACCAAACACCAACAAAACCCAAACGCCCCACGCCCCCCCAAGAAACCAAACCAAAAAACCCCCACCCCCCAGCUCCAAACCAGGAAAGCAUUGGCAUCAGAACAGGCUGUACUUGAUCCUUGCACACCAGGUAACCGAAGGUAUUCCUACAUCUGUUCAACCUAGAGUCCAGAUCUCUCACUACCAUGAAUAUAACCUAGCCCUUUCAAAUUGCAUGGGGGUCUUUAUCUCUCCUUAGAGAGAAGUAUUUUGUAACUCUCAUUUAUAAAAUUUAUGUAUGUAUGUGCACUGCAUUGCCACUAGAAGGGCAAGCUGGACAGAAAUGAUUGUUAGUCUGCAACAGUUCCUAAAGCCCAAACUGUAGAUUCAAAGAUUAUCUUUUCUCUCAUCUAUGAGAUGGUCAGCCAACGGCAAGAAUGCAGGCUAAAGGCAGCUUUAGCAUAAGAUGUGGAAGUAGUAAGGAUUGUGCUUAGGGUGGACAUGGCUCCAAUUUGUGCCCAAGACUACUUUCUGAGUUUUAAUGAGUAGAUGCACACACAUGCUGGAAAAGCAGAAGGGAAACAACAUGGCUCUAAGGUUGGAGUGAACGACAAUUACAGAGCUGUCCAUCCCAGUAGCCUUCCAACAAGCCUCGUCAUUUUACACCGGUCUGAAGCAGGAGAGGUUGCAUAGGUGUACAAAAACCUUGCCCUUUAUAAAUGAUGCACAAGAGCUUAUAAAUCAAUACUACCAGCUGGCUUUUGUUUUGAUUUUAAUUAGCAGUCUGAAUGGUAUGGAUCUAAGACAAUAGUAUGAGAGGAACAAUGGCUAGAAGUUAGUUCAGAGGAUGCUAGCUCAUCACACUAAGAAGAGGCAUGUAACUCAUGGCAGUCUGAUGAGUCUGUCAAGAGCCCAC